AUCCAACACCGCAUAGCACUGAAUCACUGCUCAUCCCCACACACGCUCGGUACACACACUUGUCCCUGCCCACAUUAUUUGGAGGACCAAAUUGUAAUAAAUACUAAUUUUUCCAGUUUAUGGCCAUCUCGGAGCUUCUGUGAGCUGUGUUUAGCUAAUUAUCUAAGAGGAGCGAGAGCGAGAGAGAGAUUUGAGAGAGAGAGAGAGCGAGAGAGAGAGGUCUGUACUUUAAGUCUGUGUGUAGAUAUGGCUACAGAGGCGCCGGUGGAAGUUGUGCCGACGAAGCCCGAGGCUGAGCCGCCGCUCGCGGCGGUGGUGGAUAAGCCGGCGGUUGCUCCGCCGCCGCAGGAAGACGCCAAGGCUCUCGCAAAGGCCCCCGAGCCUGUAGAGCUGACAACCUCUAAAGGAUCUCUUGAUAGAGAUGUAGCUCUUGCUAAGCUUGAGGAUGAGAAGAGGUGGUCUUUCAUCAAGGCAUGGGAAGAAAGCGAAAAGACCAAAGUGGAUAAUAAGGCCCAAAAGAAGCUUGCUGAUGUUGCUGCUUGGGAAAACACCAAAACGGCUUCUAUUGAGGGCAAACUAAAGAAAAUCCAGGAAGAGCUGGAGAAGAAGAAGGCAGAAUAUGCAGAGAAAAUGAAGAACCAAGUAGCAUUAAUUCACAAGCAGGCGGAAGAAAAGCGGGCCGUGGUCGAGGCCAGACGAGGAGAAGAUUUUCUCAAAGCUGAGGAGAUGGCUGCAAAGUACCGUGCAACUGGACAUGUUCCUAAAAAGGCCUUUGGUUGCCUUGGAGCUCUUCAGGUUAUUGAAACAGAGGCCAUCAACAUUCUUUCCAUUUCAAACCAUGGUCCAGACGAGGAUGAAAUUCGACCCGAUCACAAAAGAGAAACAACCCAACACCUAAAAGGCUAA